CUGUUUGGAGGUCCAAAGAAAAAAUUAAUUAGGAAGUGGUUUUAUUUCUAUUUUUGCAUGACUUUUAUGGAAAAUAUUGCUUGCGAAGUUAUGGCCUUUUCAAAUACUCAAGGAGCAUUCACAUAUAGGGAUGUUCAGAUUGCUAUAAAGAUGCUAUGAAGAGCCACAGUAGUUACCUUUUGGUCUGCCUGGUAACAAACACUCCAUAUUUAGGCUAUCUCUGAUCCUUAUGUAAGUAUAAUCCCUAGGAAAAUCAGUUUUAGCUGCAGUUAAGAGCCCAGUGGCAGCCCUGAGGAUAGAUAGUAGGCUAAAAGUUUAACUGUGGUAACAACUGGUUUCAGGGGCGUUAUUCUGCUGGUUUAUAUCAUUAUUCAUGGAUUAUACAAGGACUGCUUAUUGUGUGCGAGUGAGCACCACAAAGCAAUGGUAUUUUUGAGGUGCAGACAUUACUUAGCAGAUGCAGGAGAGGCAGUUUUGUGGAAACCCAUGUAACAAAUGUUUUUUACUGACAUAACACUUGACAGACCCUUCAGAAAUACAGCCCUCUUAGCUCUUCCAUCCUGCUGCAAUCCCAGGGUAGUGGUAGUGGCCUGCCUUCAGGGUGGAGGUUCUAAUUCUGUUUUGUGUGUGUUUGCAGCUGUUUCCAAACUGAAGGAUUAGCUUGUAGUAGAUAAAGAUGAUUAGGAGGAACCGAGUUGCUGCUAUCUUCGGCAUCUUACAACUUGCUCUGAAUGCUGUUCGAGAAAAACAGAUCGGAUUCUCUGCCCAGAAAAGUGGCAGGACUACACUUUGGGCUUGGUUCAGGCUGGUGAAUGUGCCAGCAUUAAGUUGGAAGAGUGAUUUCUGAAUUGUUCAGCUGAGUCUCUGAACUAUGUGCUUUGGGACCUCAGUUACACCUUCACUUGUUCUCUGCCAUGCUGGAUUUCAAAGAACUUGACAGUAACAGGAUGCCAGACUAUGAAUUAAGAACUUAAAUUCCCUCCUGUGUCUAGGGAAAGGUGAUUGCAUUGUGUAAUCUUGCUAUGAACGUGCCUCUCAUCUGCUGACUGCAUUAGAGAAAUGUUCAGGAGCUCCCGCAUUUGCCAUUUCCAAUUCUAUGUUAUUCCAUCAGUUAUGCUAGGACAGCUCUUUAUGCAGCCACACAAAAACAAACCAGCCAGUGAGGGAAGUAUAUUUAGCCAGCAAUAGAGCUGAGGGGCUUAUGCAUGCCGAGUAAUGAGCAAAUAUGGCACAGAGGGGGAUUUAUUAUGUAGGAGCUGAUUAAACUGGCAUGACUCAGCCAUUGGAAAUGUCUGUAUGAAGAAAGGGAACCCACAAAAGCCAGUAGGGAUUUUGUCCUCUUUUCUCAAACAUUUUUUACAGAGUGAGUUUUUCAAGGAUGUUUCUCCUUACAUGCAAUCUGCAAUACAAGCUAUAAUUUGCCAUCUUUGUGAUUAUUUUUUCAAGUUUUUUCUCCUACUGCUUAAACAGUGCGACUCACUACUGUGCAUGAUUUGUGUGUACAAAGCUUUGCACAUGUCUAAGGUGCCUGUUUCUCUCUCAAUUUAUCUUUCUAUCAUAUAACAAGAACAGAAGCUGGGGUAUUUUACUGGAAAGAUCCCAUGCAACAUGUUAGCUUUAUCCUGUUGUUCAGAACACUCAUUUUCUGAAAAGGCUAAAUAUCAAAACAUGUUUUCACAAAUCUGGAAAUAUUUCACCAUCUUAAAAAAAUAAAUCAGUUACCUCUGGUGGUAAACUGAAAAAGUAUCAAGCUGUUCUGCUGUCUUCGAUUUGCUCAGUCAGUUGAUCCCAAGAUACACCCAAGAGACCAGACAAAUCAAGCGAAAUAUGUUGCCUUAUUUGAGUUCUCUGUAACAGACAUAAUCUUGUUUUCCUUCAAGGUUACUGUAUUCAGAUCAUCUACUGCAGAGCCUUCAGUACAGAUCACUUUACUUUUAUAAAAGCAAUCUUUACAGAAACUAUGGUUCAGAAAGUGCUGACUUCAGACUUAGCAUCUGAGUUUCCUGAGAAGCUGGAUGUUACCCCUCAAAACAAGGAUUGAAAACUGAAUUUAUCUCUCUAGGAUUUUGAGAAGAUGUUUAGGAAAUAGAUCAGUUUACAGCUGUAUAAGCAUCUUUUACUUUUGACUUAGAAGAUCAUUACUUGAAAACUCAGUAGAUGUGCUGGUGCCUCUCUACAGACUGCUCGGCACUGAAGUAGUUAACAUAGCCAGUGCAACAGUGUUUGCCAACUGCGUUGUUGAAAUCUGUUGCAGCAAGGUCAGAAAAUGUGAGUAAGAGGCUAGCAAGUCUGCCCUCACCCCUGAAGGCUACCACUGGGUGAAUGGCAGUAGAGGGAGGAAUUUUUGAUGUGGGGAGUAGGAGUGAAAUGUCUGUAUUAGAAAGGAAGCAACACCUUGUAAAACUAUAAAAGUAGCUUAAAAUAAUACAGAAUAGCAUGUUUAUUGAGGAAGUGAGAUACUUUACUGUCCCACUAAUGGUGCUAUAACCCUCUUUCUACCCUAAGGUUAGCUUAAGUGUUUGACAUACAAAUGCUAGUGAGCAAGUCAAGGUGGUUACUGAUUCACACUUACUUAAACAGGCAAAGUGGGAGGUAAAGAUUGCUUGUCCUCUCUAACUGAAGUUAAGGUCUUUCUUCCUUAGUGCCUGCACUGACAUUGCUCUACUUCUAACUGCAGCACUGCAAUCCUUUGCAUUUGAGAGGGAUUCACAAAAACAUAAAUGAAUGUCUUUUCUCUAGGAAAAGUCUUUCGUCCUACAUCAACAGCAGCUAAAAGAAUGAGCAGUUAACUCAUCUGAAAAACUGAGAUUGCACAGGUCUUUGCGAUGUUGCUAUGUUUUUGUGAUAGCAGCAUUUGCUAUCACAAGGGGGUGAUUGCACCCACACCAUCUUUCCCCUUUGUGGUUUGUGUUGCUGUAUUCAUUUAUCCCACUUCCAUCCUGUCUCUACAGAAUCAUGACUUGUAGUGCCAAUAUCUCCACUUUUCUACAGUGAACAUGCCGGACUUCAGUGCAACCCCCUCUAUUACCCACACAUGCAUUUCAACAAUUAGGUAUGGAAAAACCUUCAUUUUGGUGUGCUUGCUCACAGGACAACAUUUUCUGGAGCAAAUAAAGCCACCUUGCUGGUAAGUGCAAUUGUGGGCAGCUGGCUGAAUCUGCUCCUCACUAUUUAUUUGUGCUUUGAGGCUGGCAGUGCAGUAGUUCAGGGGUGAAAGGCCCACUCAGAGUGGUUCUUCGUGUACUACUCUUACACAUGUAAUUCAUAUUUUCCACUAAAGACACCAUGUGCAGUUAUUUUCUCUAUGAAAAGGUCCCACUAACUCGAACCACUGUCUCCUUAAUCUCCCUAAAUUAUGGAGUGAUAAUUUGUACUUACUCAUUUUAAAGCUAAUCAAUGUGCAAUACUGUGUGUUAUGCAGCUUUUUUUGCAUGUUCUUUGACUAAGUCCCUGCUUAUAUAAUUGGCAUGUAAGAAAAUAAAACCUUCCUACAAGGGGCUGAUAAUGUGAACAACUGUGUAAAAAUAGGUGACAUAAGGAGAAGAAAAAAGGGUUAAGUGAUAGCCUGUCAGUGUGCACUAGGAUGACUCUUCAAAUGGGUUAGAGAACAGAGCACCUGCUUCCACCAGCAAUCACUGCAGGGGAAGUCUGCAGUGGUAAUAUAAAAUUAGGUGGAGGAACAGAAAGCAAAGCAGUGCUUGUGUUGAAGGGUAAGGUCUGAAGCAGAUGAGAAAAAAACUAUAUUGAGAUCUGAAAACAGCAUUCAUUUUGAAAAACCUCACUCCAAUUUUUCUUGGUUUCCCAAAACUCUUUUGCUUAAGAGUGAUACCAAGUAAAAGGGAUGUAUUUAGUGAGUUGACUUUUUAAAGUGAGUCCCCAGAGCACACACUUACUUACAAAGCAAAACACUGGUCUUAAAAAAAAAUCAGUGUGAUCCCAUAAUUUCUUAAGACCUUGACAGCUCCCUGACUGCAGCAUUACCACUCUCUGGACAAAUCAUUGGAGAAAUAUGGGGAUGCAUAGAGGAAACUGGCUUACGGAGAAAGGACAGUUUACAGGGAAAGGAGUAAUUUAGAUGUAGAUCCUAGCACACCAAAUGGAGAGUAUUUUCAAUCCUAUUUUAAAAGUUCAAAUGGCAUGUAAGUUUGGAAAGGAAAAAGGAAUCCUGUGUUCUUCAGCUCUACUGUGCACUUGCUCAACAAUCAUGAAAUCAUGUCCUAGACGAGAGGAAAAGAGACAGCUGUGGAAUAACACAACACCCAACUUGGAAAAUUCUGAUUCCAGACAGUAUCUACGAGCCAUUCAGUGGGAUUGAGGAAGUGCUCCAGCACGAUCCCAUUGCAAAUAGCAGUUGCAGAGUUCUUGAAUGACUGAAAGGAGCAAGGUGACACUACAUCUGUAUAAACUAUAACCUAGACAGCUAUUAUAAUAUAGCAUUGCUUUUAAAAGGAUGUUGGAAAGCCUGAAAGAUUCAGCAGUGGCAAGGAUGAUUCAUGGUAUGGAAAAACCUGACUUGUAAAGAGCAGUAACAGUUCAUUCCAUUAAGUUUAACAAAUGUAAGGUUAAAGGUGACUUAAACUUUGGCUGUAAUUAUCAGUGCAAGGAAAUUUUAUCUAGUAUUUCAGCACUUUAUAAUUGAGUUGUCAUCGCACAAAACCACUGCAUUGCAAGACUGAUCUCUUACUCAAGAGGUGCAGAGAAUCCUGACCAGACUUAGUGUUGUGGGAAAGGCUGAUCUUGAGUGUGUUUGUCAGAAAAUGUGUUGACACCCUGGGUGACAGUGGUGACUUAAUAAUGCUGCGUUUGGAAGCUUCACAGGUUUUUUUUUGUUGUUUUUUUUAAGGAAACCAGCAUUAAUAUUCCUCAAAGUCUAUGUGCUAAAAAAAUGAGAAAGACAUCUGCAAUUGCAUUCAUCAUCAGUUCUAAAGGUGCCGACUUUGGUGAAUAACCCUUUCCAAGAAAGAGCUGUUGUCACACAGUGUGAUGUGAAUGCACAGUAGACUAAAGGCACUUUUACUGUCUUUGAAGAAGCAGUCUAAAAGGUAAAUUUUCUAGUUCUAGAGCUAUUUUUAAUCUUACAAAUCUCAGGAUAAGCUUGCUUCCCCAUAACUACUGGUAGCAGGAAUUAGCAUAAUGUGUUCUACUGCGUGAGCAUAAUCAAUGUCCUGUGUGUAGUACCCUGCCAUGCUAGUCAAAACAGGCAGAGUAGUUGGAGAUGUUUCCUCCUUAAGGAAUUACACAAAGACAUUCUACCAGAACCCUCCAGCAGCAAUUACUUUAGUCUGAAACUGUUAGGAAACAGAAAAUUUCAAAAUUGGAUAGUCUGUCUGUUUAAUACAUGAGACAUGAGUUCAGCAGAACAAUUAAUUGUGAUAUGAAGAAGUAUCCUAGGUACCUGUGAGUAUAGGAUAAGAUUCCUCACUCUGUCAAGUUUAGCAUUACAGGAGAUGCUUUCUUAUUCCUGCAGUGAUGUGCUAUUCAGGGUACUUGGGCAUUUUUUAUAUAAACCUUAAAACCUACUACAAAAAAUGUCCAGAAUUAAGGGGAAAUUAUAGGGUAAUUUUACUACUUCAACCAGCUAGAAAGCUUUGACUGUCUUGAAAUAAGUUUUCUCCCACAGCCAACUGUUCUCCCAGGCUUCUCAGUGCUCACCAUCCUGUUGCCACUUACCCUCCUGCUCACCUAGUGGUUACCCCAGAAAAAUACCAGGAACCGUACUUCGCUAUUUUUUUAAACCAUAAACUGCAAAAUGAGCUGCAGCAGAGGUCCAGGCAUGACUAUAAAUGUCAUGCUUUAGAGCAUGGAAAAGCAUUCCUAGCAAUGGCCAUGUGGAAUUUUCCUGCAGAAAAUUGAGCAGGAAGUGGAGAGCAAGGAUCUCUUCACUGCUGCUGACUAAACAUAUGCUGUCCAUAUGUUGGAUGCAUCAGCUAACUGGGGCCAAGGAAAAGCUGCAAUAGCUUCAGCUUGCUUUUUCUGCUAUCCAGAAUGAGCACAGUAUCAUGGGUGCUAAAUUAAAGAAGAAGCACAAGGAGACAGGCAGUCAUGCAGGGGUGAAUCCAUUUCGGAAGUGAUAGUAGUAAUUCAAGAAAUCUUUAGUGAUGGCUUCAGGCUUCACUUCCCAGACCUUUGUUCUUUCAAGCAAAGUUUAUUCUUUCACAUGAUGGACUCUGUUAACCAUACACACACAAAGUUCUUGUGUAACUAAUCUGAACCUUCGACUUUAAAUGCUCUGGCAAGUCCUUUACAAGCCCUCUUUCUCUUGAAGGAGAAGAUACGUUAUACUCAGUAAUGGAGCAAAACAACAACAACAAUGUAGAAGAUUUCUCCUUGAAUGUCUUUUCUGUCACUCCUUGUCAGCCAAGCAGGUCUGAUGCCCUGGUGUCAGACGGGGAUAAAGCUGGCACCACUCUGCUCUUUUCAGGUGUGUUUUUGGGACUGGUGGGGAUCACUUUCACCGUGAUGGGAUGGAUAAAAUAUGAUGGCAUUACUCACCUGGAGUGGACUCAGUUACUAGGGCCUAUUCUGCUGUCUGUUGGGGUGACUUUUGUUCUGAUUGCUGUUUGUAAAUUUAACAUGCUUACAUGCAAACCCUGUAAAGAAAGAGAGGAAUAUACAUCGGAACUUGACCAGGCUGCAAGUGGACAGUCCUUUGUCUUCACCGGCAUUAACCAGCCUAUAACUUUCCACGGUGCCACGGUGGUGCAGUACAUCCCUCCGCCGUACCCAUCCCAGGAAGGUGCUGCUCUGAGUCCAGGCUACCUUCAUCCAGGGCUCAGCUGCUGCGGUGCUGCUCCCGCCAGCGCCUCGCCGCUUCUCACCUCGGGUUCUCCUCACUUCUGCCCUGCCUACACCCUGGAUAACCUGGCUUUUGCAGGAGAUGAGAACUACUGUCCUGCAGAGAAUUCCAGGAAUCAGAGGUCAGAAGACAGUUCUGAUGAACCAGAAGGACUGCUGGAAGACUAUGCCCGUAAUAACUUGUCACCUCCACGUUAUGAGGAAAUAUACCCUUUUUCUUCAUAAGAUCAUCAUGGACAACAGAUAACAAUCCUAAGAGAUGCUAGCAAGAAUCCCAAAAAAUCUUUUCUUUAAACACUUGUGUGAUAAGACAGUGUGGGCAAGUUCUUGAUAUUCAUACACAGGAUCACUGAAGAUAUUUAACUGCCCCCUUCCUUUUUCUCUGUUAAAAUUCAUUAGCUCUUUGCAAGGCAGCUUAAUAGCAGAGCUAUUAAUUAUUCAAUGGCUAAACUAUUAAUAGCAAAGCUGUUAAACUCAAGGAUCUAAAUCCAUAUUAGGAUUCCCAACAAGAAGCUUGAUUAUCAGACUUGCUGAAACCAGGGUGAGCUGUGAUGUGGACGAUCAUGAUUGCUCCUGGACAUUCAGCAUCCUUAGAAAAUAUUUUAUUUUUUCUUGAGGUAUUUUCAUUAUUGAUUGCUUGGGAAAGUUCAAAAGUGCUCAAGUGUCUGAUCCAUUUUGUCUGAAUCUUUAGAAGAACUUACUCAUUAGUAAGUCCAGUCUACAGAUUAGACUUUCUCAGCUUGCUUUACCUGCACAACCAGUCCUGUUGCACAACCCAUUCCUGUAGGCAUUUUUUUUGAAGCAUCCUGCUUGAACCACAGCAUCUCAGAACAGAGAAAACAAACAGUGAUUUUUGACAACUUUCACAUAGAUCUCUAAGAUAUCCUGCAUGCAUCAAAUUCAGUUCCCUUGUCUGAUGGGAAGAAAAGCAUGGUCUCCCACCGGGAGUCCUAAUAACUGUGAAGUUAAUGUCACUAAAGAAAAUGGCAUCUUUGUGAAGCCUCAACAGAGAUAUGGGAUCCUGCCACCAUUAAGGACUUUGACAAUCACAGCUGCUGCACCCCACACUGUGGUGAAACACCUCUGAGGUCCCUUCUUAUUUGAAUUUGGGUCUUAGGCACACAGCCCAGGCUGCAGGUUGCCCCAGUAUCUAGGCAACUGUGGGCUGUAGUAGACUUUCUUGCUCAAGUUCAGCUUGCUUCCAUGCAUGGAAUUCACAGAAAUUUGAGAUAAACUCAUUUGAUUAGAGAAUGGUGUUGCUGAAUGCCAAGACUUUGGGUUUGAUCCCCAUAUGAGCCAUUCACUUAAGAUUUGGAUUUGAUGAUCCUUGUAGGUCCCUUCCAAUUAACAAUAUUUUGUGAUUCUGUGAAAUAUAUUUACAGCUGUAUUUAACAAAAGAGAAAGUGUAUCAGCUCCGAAAUUUUUCAAUCCAGAAUGAAGAUCUAAGAGGCUUUGCUCAGGAGCUUUUUAAACCCCAGAGCAAUGACAAUGCUUCAAGUCCCUACAUUUUUAUUUUGUUUUUCAAUAUAUAUUUUAGGUCUGCUUUUGAAUGUGCCUAGAAGUGCAAAAAGCCAGUAUUUCCCUAUGAUGAUCCCAUUAGGUUUGCUGAUCUCCCUCAAGGCAAAAGCUGAUCUCAGUUCUCAUCUGCUGGGGUGGACACCACACAAAACACCCUGGAGGGCAAUGGUCUCUGUCCAAAGUAACCAAGUGGUGCAUUUCUGGUGUGCCUGUGGGUCAGUCUCCUGGCCUGGCACAGCACAGCUAAAAGCAGGCAUUCAUUAUGGAAUGCAUCAACUUUCUCUUACUUGUCGAUGCUGCUGUCCUGGCUCUUGCCAGAUUUCAUCCACCUGUGAUUGAUCUCAUUCCUCAGAGCUGGAGAAACUUGGAAUUUGAGCACAGACAGUUGCACACUAAUCUGAUGUACCUGACAUCUGGAAGUCUUGGAGUUUCUGUGCAGCUGCUGUAGCAUCAGGAGCCAUGGCUCUGGAUGGAGAUGUGCAUUCAGAACAUUGUCUACAUUGUCCAGCUGUAUCGACCUGCGGGUGCACACCUCCCUGUCCUGUACACUUAGACGCUGCCAAGAAAUAAACCAUUGAGGGGGGGAUGUGCACAAAACAACCACUGUGCUCCACAGUGACGGACAAAACACUGCCAGAGGUCAUAUUUGGGACACGACACUUAAACAGUCUCAAAGCUGGAUUAGCAACUGCAGCAGCAGCUACUGAAAAGUGACUGCAAACUUUGUGUGGGGUUUUUCUCAUUAGAGAAAUAUGGAACACACUGGUUUUUAGCAGUGGUGGCCUGGUGUUAGCAAGUAGUUGGAGAAGGGGAGGCACAUGUAUUUGGAGAAGAGGAGGCACGUGUAGCUGGAGAAAGGGAGGUAUGCUGUGUUCAGCAUGAUCUCUAUGAGACUGAGUGAGAACAGACGAUCUAAAAAUAAAUGCAAGUUUCUGUUA